AUGGCUCCUGUAUUCCAAUCGAAUUUCUCCAUUCGUUCACUUUUAUCGGAUAAGAAAGCUUGCUACGAGGAUAUUGAAACUUCAUAUGUACCCAAUGCUCCCAUCAGCCCUUCCGGUUCUCAAUCAUCAUCCUCAGAGGAAUUGUCCAGCGAUGAUGGCUCAUCGACCAGCAGCAAAUCGCCAGAUGCAAAACCAGCCUACACCUACAGUGCCCUUAUAGUUAUGGCCAUUAGAAGUAGCCCAGAGAAACGCCUCACCCUUAGUGGCAUUUGCGAAUGGAUAGCCGAAAACUUUGCCUACUAUCAGAAGAACAAAAGCGUAUGGCAGAAUUCCAUACGUCACAACCUUAGCUUGAAUCCCUGCUUUGUGAGAGUACCCAGAGCCUUGGAUGAUCCGGGACGUGGUCACUAUUGGGCUUUAGAUCCCUCGGCCGAAGAUUUGACAAUAGGUGAGACCACCGGACGUUUAAGACGCAGCAACAAUGCAAUGAUGGGUCGCUCUUUUGGAACUGGUGCCAUGCGUAACAAAGCUGCCAUGCACUAUGGCUCACCAUAUGGUGGUCAUCAUCCCUAUCAUCAAACAAUGACCAAUGCCAUGGCCUAUGCUCAUCACUACACACCAAAUGCUGUCUAUUUUCCAACUCCCGAGGAAAUUCGUUUGGCUCAACAAACCGCUUUGAUACAAAGUCAAAGGGAGCAACAAGCUUGGUCCUCCUAUCAGAGACAACAGCAACAAAUGCAGCAAAUACACUAUCAUCAACAAUAUCUGCUACAACAGGGAGGCAUUCCCAUGUAA